CAUAGGGUUAGUGCUGCCAUCAAGCGUAAUAUCUUGAAUCUUGGUCUGGCUCUUAGUGUGUUUGGGGAAAGGUUAAUUCUCCCUCGUCCACUCUUCACCUGCAAAACCAUUGUUGAUAUGAGUAUUUCCGGAGGUAAAUGUGUCUCGUCACUUGUCCAGCCUCAAAAAGCUUGUUCUGAGUGUGAGGAUGAUGAAGCCCUUCCUCGCUUGCUUUCCGGCUGGCUGUCCUUUGCUCAACGAGUUGACCAUGACUUAUAAUUUUAUCGAGAAUGAAAAAAGACUAGGCUGCAUUAAUAUAUCUUCACCCUCGUUAGAAACACUUACGGUCCAUCUUGUACAUAAUUACGAAAAUUCCCCAGAUUUCCCUGUCUAUGAAAUUUUAAUAAAUGCAAAGGCACUUAGAUAUCUCUAUAUACCUUUAUUGUCCUUUGGGGCUCAUCACAAUUUCGACAACUAUGAGCUCUUUAGCUGAGGCGUGCAUUUGCAUACAAUACGAUUUCUACGUGUAUAUGAACAGCGAGAGCUAUUCCAAUGUGGUGAAAUUUCUUGAUUGUCUUUGUAAUGUCAAAUGUCUAAAGAUAUCGAGUUAUGGAGGCGAGGAGGUUCUCCCAUUAGGGUUUGCUGGCUCAUUAGUAAAAUAUGAUAAUUUAACCAAACUUGAACUCCAAUCGAGUAUUGGAUGGCAUUUGCUAGUACAUUUGCUUGAAGUUGCUGAUAAUCUUGAAGCCCUUGUUGUAAGUGGACUUUGCUAAUCUAAUUAAAUUGUUGUUCUUUUGUUCUUUCUAUCCUUUCUCACAACAAUGACCUUUUAUUUUUUUGGUCAU